CAACCAACAACCCCACCACAAGGAGCUGUCAGUCCCGCCAAGCAAUUUACUUGGAUCCGCUUCGGCAGUGGGGCACUUCUUAGAGACACGAGCAACGUCCUUGACCAAGAGCGGACGGACAGAUUCUGGAGUGAGGAGCCGGCACCCCCGCCCUUCACCCAAAAAUACGGAAGACAACACCAACAACGACAACAACGACGACGACAACGAUGAAUUGGACGCGCGUGCUGCUAAUCGGGUUGACCGCCUUGGCGCUGACAUUUCUGGAGGUUGCAUCACUCUCACUCGAUCCAGUUGCUUCUGCCGAACUGGAACAGUUCAUUCGAAAAGGAGAUGUCGUCAUAUCAACGCGUCACAUACGACCUCGUCGAAAGUUGCACAUCUCCAUAGAAGCCCUCUUUAUGAUCGACUUCCCCAUGCUGAAGCACAAGAUGUCUUUCUUCCUGGACCGCAAGCAGCAGCGGGUUACGCUGGACAUCAGUGCGAAUGGAGCCACCGAGUCCCGGAACUUCGACAUCCCCAACAUCAACGAGACGAGCACCAUCCGAUCGCUGGCGCUGCAGUUCUCCAAGAACCGCAUUACACUCUAUGUGGACUGCAAGGCGAGCACGCAUCACGACAUCGACAUGAACCUGGCCAAACUGUACACCCAGAUGGACGAUCCGGUGAUCAAGUUGUUCCGUGAGCGCAAGUAUCCCCUCCACUUCGACGGCGACAUGGAGCACUCCCUGCAGCGGGCCAACUGCCAGAAGGGCAUGCAACGGCGGGGCAAUCGCCGCAUGCUGCGCAACAAGAUCACCGAGCGUGAGAAGAACAAGAAGCGCGACGUCCGCGGCUGGUAUGAGCCAACGAUCGCCCGGGAAGGUGUCGUGGACCACAGACACCAGGAGGUGCCCACGGACGUGGAGCGCGGAGACAUUCCCGUUCUGCAUGGCGAUUGCGAAGACGCCCUCGCACGCUCGCUGAGCGAUUUACUGGCCCUGGUGAAGUUGCUCCGCGAAGACGUCGCCCACCAGCGCCAGGAGAUUGCCUACCUGCGGAUGCUCUUGGAGAACUGUGCCGGCUGCAAGAAUCCCCUCAGCAGUGACAACCAGCUACGCAUUGAGCCCGACUGCCGUUCCGCAAAUCCCUGUUAUCCUGGCGUGGAGUGCCUGGACUCGGCAGCCGGUCCCAGAUGUGGCCACUGCCCCCUUGGCUUCAUUGGCGAUGGCAAGACCUGCAAGCCGGGCGUCACCUGCGCCCACCACAUGUGCUAUCCAGGCGUUCAGUGUCACGAUACCGUGAAUGGAGCCCAGUGUGACUCCUGUCCAGCCGGCUACGAAGGUGAUGGACGCACAUGUUCGCUACGUAAUCCUUGCCUGGACACGCCAUGCCCCUCAGGAGCCGAAUGCCUGCAGGUUGGUUACCCACCCCACUUCAAUUGCAUCUCAUGUCCGAAAGGUCACGAGGUCAACGGCACCAGUUGUCGGGACGUGGACGAGUGCCAGCUGUACAGUCCCUGCGACGAUCUUUCGAUCUGCACCAACCUCAAUCCGGGCUUCCAAUGUGGUCCUUGUCCAGUUGGCUUCGAUGGAGUCCACGCUCAUGGUUACUACGCGGACUACUACCCCGUAGAUUUUCGCAAGCAGACGUGCCUCGACGUCGACGAGUGCCGGACUGGUUUCUUCAGAUGCCCGGUUCACUCCACCUGCAUAAACGAGAUUGGCUCCUACAGAUGCCAGUGCCACGAAGGAUAUGUGACCAAUGGCACCUACAGCUGCCUGGACAGAUCGUCGGUGUCCGUGUGUCCGGAUGGAACUGUUUGCGACCGCAAUGCCGUGUGCCUGGGGAUGGACAACCUGCGCCACCUGUGCCACUGCAACGUGGGAUGGGCGGGCAACGGACUGGUUUGCGGAAGGGACUCCGACAUGGACGGGUGGCCGGACCAGUCGCUGAGAUGCCCGGAGCUGCACUGUCGGCGGGACAACUGCCCCAAGCUGCCCAAUUCGGGCCAGAAGGACUCCGACCUGGAUGGGCACGGCGAUGGCUGCGACGACGAUGCGGAUGGCGACAAUGUCCAGAACAGCCAGGACAACUGCUGGCUGGCCUACAACACCGAGCAGCUGGACUCGGACGGCGACAAGGUGGGCGAUGUGUGCGACAACUGUGUCCACAAGUACAAUCCCAGGCAGCUGGACACGGACGGAGACGGCCUUGGGGACGAGUGCGACGGGGACAUCGACAACGACUCCGUACCGAACGAGCUGGACAACUGCCCGGAGCUGCCGAACCCCAAUCAGGCGGAUGCGGACGGCGACGGCGUCGGCGAUGGCUGCGACAAUUGCCCGAAUCUGCCGAAUCCCGACCAGAAGGACCGCGACAUGGACUUCGUGGGCGAUGCCUGCCACAGGGACAUCGAUGGGGAUGACGACGGAGUGCCGAACUCGCUGGAUAACUGCCCCAUGGUCAGCAACUCGGACCAGCUGGACACCGACGGGGAUGGGACGGGCGAUGAGUGCGACGACGACAUGGACGGCGACGGCAUUCCCAACUACAAGGACAACUGUCCGCUGGCCAACAACCCCAAGCAGGAGGACUACAAUCGCAACGGCAAGGGGGACUCCUGCGAGGAUGACGAGGACGUGGACGGUGUGCCCAAUGCCAUGGACAACUGUCCGAACAACUCGAUGAUCCACCACACGGACUUCCGCACCCUCCAGACGAUCCCCUUGGACCCCAAGGGCCUCUCGCAGGCGGACCCCAACUGGGUGGUCCAUGCCAACGGCACCGAGAUCGUCCAGACCCUCAACUCGGAUCCGGGCCUGGCGGUGGGCAAGGACGCCUUCGGGGGCGUGGACUUCGAUGGCACCUUCUACAUCAACGACGACACGGACGACGACUUUGCCGGCUUCGUGUUCAGCUACCAGAGCAGCUACAAGUACUAUGUGGUGCAGUGGAAGAAGGGCUCGCAGACCUACUGGGAGCCCCGGCCCUUCACCGCCUCCGCGGCCCCCGGCAUCCAGAUAAAGCUGGUCAACAGCACCGACGGUCCGGGGCCAGUGAUGCGGAACAGCCUGUGGCACGAGGGAAACACCGACGGAGAGGCCAGGCUGCUGUGGAAGGACCCACUGAACAUGGCCUGGAAGGAAAGGACCUCCUACCGCUGGACCCUUGUGCACCGCCCGGCCAUUGGCCUCAUACGCUUGCAAAUGUACGAGGGCAACCGCCUGAUCAUCGACUCGGGCAAUGUGUACGACUCCACGUUGAAGGGCGGACGACUGGGCGUGUUCUGCUUUUCGCAGAGGAUGAUUAUAUGGUCCAAUCUGCAGUACAAGUGCAACAACCGCGUGAGGGCCCCGAUCUACAACGAACUGUCCGAAUAUCUCAAAACGAAGGUGGAUUUGCAGGACUGAAGAGAACCCCGACCGUCCCUGCCUUGCCAUCAGUUUUAACCAAAUUAAAUAUAUUUGCUACCACUAAGUUAAUAAACGAGAUGCCAACCGAGUUGGCCAUGUCA